AUGAAGUGUGAGAGAGAAACUGAAAAUCUGACUUUCAUUAAUCUUCUAGAUGUUGGGGAAAUCUAUUCAAGACUACUGGAUCACAGACCAGUAAUUCAGGGAGAAAUACGUUACUUUGUUAAAGAAUUUGAAGAAAAACGUGGCCUCCGAGAACUACGAGUACUUGAAAAUCUAAAGAACACAAUCUUUGAAACGAAUGAACAUGUUCUUCCUAAGUGUGAGCAGGCAAUGCAUGACAAUUUGAAUGAAGCAUUCAAGAGAUUGCAAGCUGCCAAUGAUAUGUUCCGUAGACUCCAAGAGAGGGAGCAUGAAGAGAGGAAGCUUCAGGCAGACAAGCUGAUGGCUCGUGAAGAGAAGCGCAUAGCCCACUGGGAGGAAUUCAUGAAGGAACAAGAAAACAAACAAGCAGAGGUAGACGAAGAGCACAGAAAAGCUAUGGAGCGCCUCAAGGAGCAGUAUUCUGAGAUGGAGAAGGAACUGGCCAAAUAUGUUUCUUUUUAAGACCUUUCUUUUUUAAUAAUGCUGGGUUUGUGCCAAUACUCAGUUGCUUCUGACUUAAAAGUUAGAUUCUUUUGGAAAGCUGAAAUACGGAAGGACAAAAAGGACAAUUUGCUCUACAGGUUUGGAAUGGGAAGAAGAGGUUUGCAUACUUUCAACUUAAGUGCCUAUCUAUGCUUCUUUUGUUCAGGGCAGGUGGAAUGCCAGUAUUUCUUUGUUUGUUGGAAGGUGGAACUGGAAACUAUGUUGUGUGACUACAUCAGCUCAGGGAGUUGCAAACUGGAAUUUUCGCCCAUCUGCAGAGAGAAUCAUAUCAUUUGGGAAAACAGAGACUAAUAUAACACUUAACACUCCCAGUGUGCAGCCACAGCCCUUUCCGAAAAAGUAGGUGUGAUAGGUUCCAGCCAUAGUUAGCUGAGAAUUCACGGGGAAAACCAUAAAUCCUGUUCAUGGAUUUCAGGAAAAACAGCUUUUUUUACAGAAUAUUUUACUUUGAAACUUUAACAAUGAAAGAUCUCCACUUGUAAUUGCAACUUUUGGGUUGUAUGUUCAGUAUUAUGAUAUAGAGUUGAGGUUUAAAUGAGGUUUUGCUAACAUAAAAAUGGCUAAGUGAGCUUGGACAACUCAUUUUGUCUUUCUAAAUGUCUCAGGCCUCUCUUUUUAAGCUUUACUAUUCUAAGCAAAGCCAAAACAAGCUCAAAAGUAAUCACAAGCAGCAUAUUGGUCUUUGCAUUAGCUUAGUAGCUAGUAAAGUAUUUACCUUAAAUAUUUGACAUGCUGUUGGUUUACUUGGAAUAAGCUUGUUAGAACUCUAUAAAGCAAGUGAGGAAAGAUUUUUGUUUCUUCGUCAGCAUAACAAAGAAGCAGAUAGUGGUAAAAAACACCAGUAGUACUGAUCUGCUUUCUUUGCUAACUGUUACUCUUACAGGAUAUGUGAAACCCCUGUAUUGCUUUCUUUUAUUUAAAACUUGUAGUUAACAGCAGUGUAACUGAAGAAGUUAACUUAAUCAGUUCAUUAACCAAGCAAAAAAAGACAUAGUACCUUAAUGAAAUUUGCUGCAAGCUAACCAUUAGUACAGGAAAUAUCUUUCAUAAUUUAGCUGCUCUCCAAUAUAGAAUGGAAACAGGUAAAAAUAAACAGAAUUUACCUGCAUUGCGACAGUAAUAUGCCAACAGUGGUUGCUUGUGUAAGUUUAUGGCUUGGUGUCAAGGCUCCGUUCCUGGCAGAAUGUUGAUAGUGUGAUUAAAGUUAGUAGAGGAGAUGGAAUAAGUAUUUGAGAUUUCUUUCAAUAACACUGAAUUCCUGCCAAGCUGCUCUGCCUGCUACUGUAGCCCCAACAGCUUCAUCAAUCAUUGUGGUGUAUCUGGACUGCAAAGAGGACUUCCUGACACUGGGGCAUGCUGGAACGUUGCUAAUUCUCUGUUGUGGAGGGAAAAAAAAAUAGAUAUCUCAGAAGUAACCAACCCACACAUGAAAAAUAGGAAAGCCUCUUUUAGAACAACCCUUAUUUGAAUAGAAGGUGAUCUCUGUAAUAUUUUUCAGCUUAUGUACCUGUGAUGAAUGUUGUAACUAAGUGCAGACUUUCAUUUAAAAAGAAAAAGUUAGCUCUUGCCUGUCUUCAGAAUUGGGUGUGAAAUAGUUUUGAUUGUUUUGAGCACAGACUGAAAAUGGCUUCUCUUACUAGAUUAUUUGAUGUAUAUGUGCUCAAAGCUCAAGCAUCUUUAUAACAAAAUGCAUUUAACUGCAUUCUGGACUCACUUUUAUAUUUGCACUGAUAAUUUUUAUUAAGAGUUAGAUAUCUAAUUUACUGCACUGGAGCUGUAGAUUUUAGUAUUUUGUCAAUUUGAGGGCUCUUGAGCAAUGAUACAGUAUUGUAAGUUAGAUAAUUCACUGGAAAAUAAAGUGGUAUUUCCAAAAUCUUCUG